AUGCCGUCCAAAAAAAUUACUGCAGAAGGCGAUAAAAAACCAAAGAAUAAGACGUUAUCAUGUGGUACAAAAAGCCCCGGUCCAAAGUACAAUUUACGGCCGGUAGUAGGAUACGAUCUUCACUGUCAUUCAAAGCCUAGAUAUCCUGCAUACACGAUUGGAAAAAUACAAAAAAUAAAGGUACCCUGCGUAGGUCCUGGACCAAAUAAAUAUUUUCCCAAGCUGCCAAAAAUACCUGGUUACUCUAUUCCGCGCGCCGUUUACAAAGAAGUGAAAAGCUGUAGCCCUGGUCCCAAGUAUACGCUACCUGAUUUCACAGCCCCAGCUUACACGAUAGUAGGCAAACCAAAAACUAGAUGCCCACCUCCAUUGUCAGGUCCCUAUGAUCCUCCAAAAUAUCCGCCAGGACCAUCUUUUCCAUUUGGGUUGAAAGGAAAAGACCGAAAGUGCGAGUUUAACCCGCCGAUAAGGGAUCCUGGAGACAUUUCAUUGAUCAAGCCUACCUCACCAGCAUUUAACUUAAUCGGUAGACCAAAAACUAAAACUCCUUGCAUCGGUCCUGGACCUGCAGCGUAUUUUCCAAAGAUAAAAGAGUGUGUGCCAGCUUACAGCUUUGGUUUGAAACACACCGAAUGCUCAACCAUUCCAAGAACUGAAUGUGAUGAAUUGUGCUGA